AUACAACAUGCCUGCUCUCGAAAAAGUCGCUAUUAUUGGCUCCGGUAACUGGGGUUCUGCUAUCGCCAAGAUCGUAGGUACCAACACUGCUCGCCACACUGAUGUCUUUGAAACUACUGUUCGUCAAUGGGUCUACGAAGAACAAGUUGAUGGUAAGAAUUUGACCGAAAUUAUCAACGAGAAGCAUGAAAAUGUCAAGUAUUUGAAGGGCAUUGAACUCCCUCACCACGUCGUUGCCAUUCCUGACCUCGUCAAGGCUUGUGAAGGUGCUACCCUUCUUGUCUUUGUUGUUCCUCAUCAAUUCAUCCAUGGUAUUUGUGAACAAAUGAAGGGACAUAUUGCUCCCAAUGCUCGUGCUAUUUCUCUCAUCAAGGGUCUCGAAAUCACUGCUGAUGGUACUCGUCUUUUCUCUGAAGAAAUCUCUCUUGUCCUUGGUAUUCCUUGUGCUGCUUUGAGUGGUGCCAACAUUGCUAACGAAGUUGCUAUGGAAAAGUUCUGUGAAUCUACUAUUGGUUGUGAAAGCUUGGAAGAUGGUUUAGUAUUUAAGAAGUUGUUUGAUACUCCUUAUUUCCGUAUCAAUGUCAUUCAGGAUCAUGUCGGUGUUCAACUUUGCGGUGCCCUUAAGAACGUUGUUGCUGUUGGAGCUGGUUUCUCUGAUGGCCUUGGUCACGGAAGUAACACUAAGGCUGCUAUUAUUCGUUUGGGUCUUAUGGAAAUGCGUAAGUUUGGCCAAACUUUCUUUGGUGAUGCUGUGCAAACUGAGACAUUCUUUGAAUCAUGUGGUGCUGCUGAUUUGAUCACAACUUGUAACGGUGGUCGUAACCGUAAGGUUGCUGAGGCUUUUGUUCAAACUGGCAAGCCUAUUGAGCAAUUGGAAGCUGAAUUGUUGAACGGUCAAAAGCUCCAAGGUACCUUGACAGCACAAGAAGUCAACCAAUUCUUGAAGGCCAGAAACAUGGAAAAGGAUUUCCCUCUCUUCACAACUGUCUAUCGUGUCGUAUAUGAAGGUGCUUCCCCUGAACUCAUCACUGUCGACAUCUAAAUCAACCAUCAGAGUCUAGUAACUUUGGGAUACCUUUUUUUGUAAAUAGUUUAUAAGUUAUAAAGAUUUAGACUGCUUUAGAAUAUGCAUUUAAUAAUAAAAAAAGUGUCUUUUA